UGCAGCAGCUAUUGCAUAGACGUAGAGGAUCGCAGGAGAGAGAGACCGACUCGUAAACUUACUCCUGCCCUGCGAGGCGCGAGCAGCGAUAUACAAGCAGCAGCCUCUACUCCGACAGUUAGUGUGUUAGCGAAUACAUAUAUACAUGUAUAUAAUAUGUUUCAAUAGUAAAAAAACUUGAUAAGCGGGGUGUCCUGUCUCUCUCUCAGUGCUCGCGGUGCUCUCUGCUCUGCACUACUCAGAGCCUGCGUGUGUACAGUGUGCCGAGAAUUCACGGGAGUGUGUCUGCUCCAGCUGUUUUAAUCGCAUAAUCGAGAAAGAGAGAGAGCAAGAAGAGAGGCCGAGACUGAGCGUGAAAGAGAGAAAAAGAGGAAAUAAAACUGAGCCGAGAGACGGGGGUUGGGAGUCACGAUGAGUUUAGGUUAAUUUCGGAGAACUGUUGUUGACACUGUAAUCGUUUUGCAAUUUUAUAAGUAUUUCGUAUCGAAGUAAGGUUUUUUUUAAUAAGUUCAAAAUACCGUGCGUGUGUUCUCCGACCGAUCCGAUAGUUAUACAGAUUCUGUAUAGUGUUGUGUUGUUCUAUAAUAAUAUAUAUAAAUGUUAGAAUAUGAAAAAGUGUCUUACAUAGUCGAAAAAUGGAGUUCGAGCUAGAUGGAAGCUUGAAGGAGUGGGCCAAGGAUAAGCCUCUGAGCGUCCUACAGCUCGACCCAGCGGAUCGAGCUGUUUUGCGAAUCGCUGACGAGCGAGAUGCGAUUCAAAAGAAGACUUUCACGAAAUGGGUUAAUAAACAUCUGAAAAAGGCAAAUAGACAUAUUGGAGAUUUAUUUCAAGAUCUUCGAGAUGGACAUGAUCUCAUUUCAUUGCUGGAAGUACUUUCCGGUGAGCAUUUGCCGAGGGAGACGUCGGGUAGCAUGCGAUUCCACAUGCUGGACAACGUGAGGAUAGCCCUGCGUUUCUUGCACUGUAAAAACAUCAAAUUCGUCAAUAUCCAAGCGGAGGACAUCGUUGACGGCAAUCCGAAACUUUCACUCGGCCUCAUAUGGACCAUUAUAUUGCAUUUUCAGAUAUCGGACAUAAUAUUCGGCCAGGAGACCAACGUAACGGCCCGCGAUGCCCUCAUGCAAUGGGCGCGCAAAUCCACGGCUCGCUAUCCGGGCGUGCACGUGACGGACUUCACCAAGUCGUGGCGCGACGGCUUGGCCCUCAGCGCCCUCGUGCACCGGAACAGGCCCGAUCUGUUCGACUGGCACACGCUCAGCAGCUGGAAGGCGCGCGACAGACUCGACAAGAUAUUCAACAUCGUCGAGCACGAGUACGGCGUCACGCGCUUGCUCGAUCCCGAGGAUGUCGACACACCCGAGCCCGAUGAGAAGUCCCUCAUCACGUACAUAUCGUCGCUGUACGACGUGUUCCCCGAGCCGCCACCCAUACAUCCGCUGUACGACGCCGAGGCCCAGUGCCGGCUCAGCGAGUACUGCAGCCUCGCGGACAACCUGAAGAUGUGGAUACACGAGAAGACGAGCGUGAUGAGCGACCUGUAUUAUCCGCCGACCCUCAUCGAGAUGCGCAAACUGGCCACGGAGAGCGCCAAAUUCAAGAACGAGGAGGUGCCGGCGCGCUUCCGCGACAAGCAGCGCAUGCACAAGAUCCAUCAAGACCUGCAGCACUACUUCGAGAUCAUCGGCAAGAUCGAUCUCGAGCCCGAGCUCCACUACGACGUGCUGGACAAGAGCUGGCAGCGACUGCUGGCUCUGCAUCAGGAGCGCGACCAGGGCAUCCAUCAGGAGAUACACAGGCUGGAGAAGCUGCAGCGCAUCGCCGAGCGGGCGCAUCGCGAGAUCAAGUCGGCCGGCGAUCAUCUGGCCGAGCUCGAGCGCAAGGUCAUGGACAGCAGUCAUCGCUUGGGGCAGAUGCAUCCCUUGGAGGCCAAGCACCUCGUCGACGUGCUCGAGCAAGACAUCAGGAGCACCGAGAUACAGGUGCAGAACAUAUUCACGGACGUGCACACGCUCACCGACGGCAAGUACAAUCAGGCGGCCGAGCUACACAAGAGAGUGCAAAAACUUCAUCAACAAUGGGUAACCGUGCGCUCGCUUCUUCACAAUCGACUGGUACAACCCCUUUCCGAGGUAUCGUUCCCCGUGGAGGAGAGAAUAGUCACGAAGCACAGGACCAUGGUCACGGAGACCAGACUGGUCGACACGAAUCCGUUCUUCCAUCUGCUGCGCGACUGUCUCGAGUGGUGCAAAAAUAAGAUACAGUCGGUCAAGGAGGCCGACUUCGGCUCCGACCAGCAGGGAGUCCGUGCCGAGCUCGAGCGUUUCGCCAAGGAGCACCAGUCCAUCCUCGACUUCCAGAAGCAGGUGGAGAACUGCAAGCACGAGAAGAAGAACCUGCACGAGAACGAGCUGGCGCUGUACAAUCAGCACCUGCUCGAUCUGCAGCAGACCUACGCGGAGCUCGUCUCGCUGUCGAAGAAGCGCAUGGCCGAUCUCGAGCUGCUCGACGAUUUCAUCCAGGCCGCCACGAACGAGCUCGUCUGGCUGAACAACAAGGAGGAGACCGAGAUAACGCGCGACUGGAGCGACAAGAGCCUGGACGUCGACGCCAUUGAAAAGUACUACGAGGUGCUGAUGAGCGAUCUGGAGAAGCGCGAGUCGCAGUUCACCGCGGUGCAGGACCGCGGCGAGGCCAUCAUGCUGCAGGGCCAUCCGGCCUCGCGCACCAUCGAGGCCUACAUAUCGGCCAUGCAGAGCCAGUGGGCUUGGCUGCUCCAGCUCACGCUCUGUCUCGAGGUCCACCUCAAGUACUCGCGCGAGCGACAGCUGUUCUUCCAGCAGGUCCAGGAGGCCGAGCAGUGGAUAGUGAAGAAGAAUCAGCUGCUCACGAGCUCUUACUCGCAGACCGAGUUCGAUCUCGACGACGGCGAGGUGCUGCUCAAGGGCAUGCAGUCGCUGAGAAAGGAGCUCAACGAUUACGGCGAUCACAUUUACAACCUGACGAAGCGCGCCGAGAGCAUCGUGCCCGUGAGACAGCGCAGCGAGCCCAUUCAUCGGCCCAUCAGAGUCACCUGCAUCUGCGUGUACAAUCAGGUCAACAUACUCAUCAAUCCGAACGAGCAGUGCACGCUCUACGACAACUCGGGCAGGCUCAAGUGGAAGGUGAAGAACUCGAGCGGACAGGAGUCGCUGGUGCCGGGUGUGUGCUUCUCGCUGCAGUCGCCCGACGACGAGGCCCUCAUGGCCGUCGAGAAGCUGCGCAAUCAGUACGAGAACAGCAUCGCGCUGUGGCAGCGCAAGCAGCUGCGUCUGAGACAGAGCAUGAUCUUCGCCACGAUCAAGGUCGUCAAGGACUGGAGCCUGCAGCAGUUCAUCGACAUGGGCGAGGAGCAGCGCGACGCCAUCCGCCGAGCUCUGAACGAGGACGCCAACAAACUGCUGAAGGAGGGUGACCCGCUGGACCCGCAUCUGAGGCGAUUGAAGCGCGAGAUAUCGGACAUCAAUCGUCUGCUGGACGAGUACCGGAAGAGAGUCAAGGCUGAGGAGGACACCCGCCAGACCGAGCUCGUGUUCAAUACGCAGGCUCUGCAGCUGCAGUACCAGCUCAACGAGGCCGAGAGAGAAUUGCGCGGACUGAUGUCCGAGGCGUCGUCGUGGAAUUUGCCCAAUAUCGAAAAAUCGAUUGACAAGCACGCGGACUUCGAAAAAGGAUUGCGCACUCUGGCACCAGAAAUCGAGAAAGUCCAGCAAACUUUCCGCUCGAUAAGUCUCAAGACACCGACGAUGAAGAACACCGUCGACAAGAUCAUGAACAAGUGGGAUGGCAUCUGGGACAUGAGCAAUUUGCACAUCGACCGACUGAAACAGAUCGAGCUCGUACAGAAGGGUAUCAGAGAGAACAAAUCUGCCAUCUACGAGAUACAGACCACUCUGGACACGUACGAGAAGAUGGCCGACAAGGGCCAGAACGUGUUCGAGAAGCUCCUGGAUCUGCAGCACGAGAUCACCAAGCAGCAGAGCUCGCUGGAUCAGCUGAACGAGAACGCCCAGAACGUGAGGCACAUGUGCGAGUCCGCGAAGCCCAACUUCGCCGGGGAAAUCGAUCUGAUGGACUCGGAAAUCAAUCUGCUGAACGCCGAGUGGGCCGGUAUUUGCGGAAAGCUCGUGGAUCAGUUGCGUGCGUCCGAGAACAUGUGCCAGACUCCACCGAAGAUGGCGUUCGCCAAUGAGGUUUAUUACGAAAAAGCGAAGGACAAGAGCGAAGUUUCCACGGCACACUUGGAUAUGCACGACGGAAAGUCCGUCAAGGCAAUGAUGGAAGAAAAGUACGAGCUUGCUUACGAUUCAUUAAAGGAAUUAAUGUUGUGGAUGAAGGAAGUUGAAAAUUCUGUUGCUAACCAAGACGCCAUACAGGAAGACUUGGACUCGAUUAAAAAGCAAAUGAAUAAUCUGAAGCGUACAAAAGAGGAUAUCACUCCAUACGCACAAGUAAUUUUGAAAUGCCUUGACGAUAUCAACCAGCUCAUGUGUGCCCAUCAAAACGACACGUUCAGAGAGCAAAUAGAAAAUCUAGAAAAAGACGGACACAUGCUAAAACGUCGCUACGACGAUGUUAUGUGCAUUAUUGACAAACUAUUGAAGAGCCUUAAAACUUCUCAAGACGAAUAUGUUACUUUCAUGGAUGAAACUGACUCGUUCCGAAGAUGGAUGGUGACAACACAGAAUUUAUUAGAAAAACAUACCAACCUUCUGAAUGACCUGAAUUCGCUAUCGAAGAAUUCGGAAACAAUACGUAAUUUCGUGAGCAACGUCAUCUCUCACCAAGCCGAUCUGCGCUUCAUCACGAUGGUGGCCCAGAAGUUCUCCGACGAGAGCAUCGACUAUCUGCAAAAUCUCAACACCUUCAGGACUGGCUUGCCUCAGUGCUUGACCUACAAAGAGCACGCCUGUCAAGAGUCGUGGAUCGGCCGCGAAGUCUCGCUGCUCACCGAGAGCUACAAAGAUCUGCUCUGCCUCUCGAACGAGCUGUCGGAGAAAUUCUCCCGGCUCAAUGGCAAGAAUCAAGAGUUCCGCGACUCGCUGAGCAAGGCCAGCGCCUAUCUGAACGAAUUCGAGGCGCGGGUCAACGAGGAACUGACGAGACCAAUCACGUCGGAAACCAGCGAGGUCGAGGAUCGCCUGAGCAGCAUGAAAGCUCUGCACAAGGAACUGCUCUCGAACAAGCAGUACAUCGACAAUUGCAAGGUGAGCAUCAACGCAUUGAUGAAAUUGUUGAGCGAGCAGAAGCCCAACGUCGACAACGAUCAGAUCGAGAAGCCCUUCGUCGCUAUCGAGAACAAGUACGAGGAUCUCGACCGGGCGAUUUCCAACAAGUGCCAGGAGCUCGAUACGAUUUUACUGAAAAAUCAGGGUAUCGAGGAGACUUUAACCAACCUAAUGUUCUGGCUCAACGGAGCCGACAUACAAUUCAAAAACCUUAAUCGGCCUGUAAGUCUCGAAAAAGGCCAUCUCGAAGAGCAGCAGAGAGAACAGCGUUUGCUCCUUGCCGAUUUGAAUAAUCACCGUGCGAGCAUAGAGGCGGUCAACGAUAUCAUUUACGACCUCAUAAGAAGCUCGAAAAAUGCCGUAAUUUCUAAAAGAACCGAGAACAAGCUCGAAGAUAUCAAGAGGCGAUUCGAAAAGUUGCACGAUAAGUCGGUUCAGCGCACCGAGUUCAUGAACGCAAUUUUCCAAGACGUCGACGAGUACAACAACAUGAUAAUAGCCUUCAACAGGUGGUUCUCGCACAUGACCGAGCUGCUGGAUUACUUAGACUUCAAUAAGCUCAACACCGCUCAGUACGGUGAGAAAUUGGUUCAAUUGCAGAAAUCCUAUCAAGACCGUAAACCCGAACAAGAAAAUCUCGUCAGCUUCGCCAAGAAGCUCAUAGCCAAGCAGGACGUGUGCGAUAUCACGAAAAUCCGCGACGAGAUCAAGGUCGUGGAAUCGCAGUGGAAGGACAUGGGCGACUCCAUCGACGAGAAGAAACGUCUCCACAAGCUCAGAGAGGACAAAUUGGCCACUUACGAGAAGCUUUACAAUCAGAUAUAUGAGUGGCUCAACGCCACGGAGAAUUCCAUGCAGUACUUCAUGCCGGUGGCUAUCAAUUCCGACGAGAUCAAGCAUCGGUUGAACGAUCUCAAGCCAAUACUGAAGGAGUACAACGAUUACGGUGUGACCAUCGAGAAGGUCAACGAUCUCGGUGUGGUCAUUGACAAUCUGAUCAACGGCAAGUCCGACAAUUACUCGCAGCGCCGAAGCGUGGCCAACGUCAGCAAGCGUCUGGGCAUGCGUCGGGUCUCGCAGGACAAUCGCUCGCCGUCGCCUACCAAGGGCUCGGGCGUCCAGAGCCCAGUCUGCUCCAGUAUUAGCAGCGGCUUCAGCAGUCGCAGAUCUAGUCAGGAUGGUUUCCACCUGGAGUCGUCGCACAUACAGCAACAGCUCUCGGAGAUCAACAACCGUUACGAGCUACUCGGCGUUCGGCUGUCGGACAGGCAGACCGAGCUUGAGAGCAUGCGCGACGAGCUGAAGAAGUGCAUGGACAAUUUGAAGCAGCUCGAGGCGUUCCUGGAGAAGAUCCAGCGACACUUCCCCAAGAGCAUACACGUGGUGAGCAAGGAGGAGGCCAACAACGCCAUCAAGCAGAACAAAGCGAUACUGGAAGAGAUGCUCGAGAAGCAGUCGCUCUUGGACAAUACAGCGGAUCAGAUUCAGGGCUUGCUGAAGAGCAAGAGCAAUAUUUUCAUAACCGACAGCGUCAAUAUUGGAAUGAGCGACAUCGCUCGCCGCUGGGAGUACCUCAUGGACAAAUCCAAGACGAGAGUCAAAUUCUUCGAGAACAUCAAGGAGUUCCACGACGUCUACGACAAUCUGAGCUCCUGGAUCGUGGCCAAAGAGAACAUGGUAAAGGUGCUGGGUCCCAUAUCGUCGGAUCCCAGAAUCGUGGCCAGCCAGGUGCAGCAGGUACAGGUUCUGCGCGAAGAAUUCCGCACUCAACAACCCCAGUUCGACUUUUUGACGAGGCUCAGCGAUAACAUCGCCUCGGAACUGGAGCCCGACUCGGCGGACUACCGCGAGCUGAAGAAGGGCGUCAACGGACUGCUGGACAAGUGGCGCUCGCUGUUCAGCUCGCUGGAGGAGCGAGCCCUGCUGCUGGGCGACGCGAUCGACACCACGCGCGAGUUCGACAACAGCUUGAACCGUUUCCGCAACGCGCUGCAGACCAUCAGCGACAACCUCGACGAUCUGUCGGUCGAUCAGAAUCCCGAGAACGAGCUGAGAAAGAUCGAGAAUCUGGCGCGCCAGCUCGAGGGCGAGCGUCCGCUGCUCGCGGACGUCGAUCUGGCCGGUCAGCGACUGUGCGACGUCGUGUCGGAUCCGCUCUUCAAGACCGACAUCCAAGGCAAGCUGCAGUCCGUCAAGAAGUUCUACGCGUCGCUGCAGAAGAAGCUGGACAACAAGAAGGCCGAGGUGGAGGGCAAUCUGCGCGACACCAAGGACUUCGAGACGAACUGCUCGAAGACGCUGGGAUGGCUCGCAGAGAAGCUCGGCAGCGUGUCCGAGAAGCUGCUGAUAUCCGCCGACAAGAAGGCGCUUCAGCAGACCUUCGACUACUACGAGCCUCUCUACAAGGAGGUGAUGAGCAAGGAGCACGAGGUCGUCAUGCUGCUGAACAAGGGCAAGAGCAUCGUCGCCAAGCCCUACAACGUCGACAAUCAGAGCCUGCAUCGCGACCUCGACAAGAUACAGUCGCUGUGGGAUCGCCUGAAGAAGGACAUCGUGAAGCGUCACACCCGACUGACCACGUCCAUCGAGCACAGCCAGAAGUAUCACGAGGCGCAGACGUCGCUGCUCGCCUGGAUACGCCUGGCCGAGGAGAAAUUGGUAAAUUUGAAGCCCGUGCUGAUCAAGUACAAGGACAUACACAAGCGACAAAACGACCUGACUGCCUUCAAAAACGAUAUGCUGCGAAAGAGCGUAGAGUUGGAUAAUGUUUGUGCCUUUGGCGAGACUUUCAUGAAUCUUUGCGACAUCGAUCAGAACGCCAUCAAGGUCGAUCUCAACGAAGUCAAACUUCGCUGGAACAAGGUUCACGAGACUCUCACCGACCAUAUCACGACCCUAGAAUCGUCUUCCACAGAAUUGGAAAGUUUCAUGAAGAAGCUCAAGGACCUCGAGUACGAGGUGAACAAGUACGAGGAUAAACUGACGUUCCACGACUCGCUGGGACGAUCCGAGAAAGAUCCAAAAUUAUUCGAGCAAAUAAGCAAUCUCAACGAGGACGUGAAGAAGCUGGUCAAGCCAACCAUGGAAUUGCAAAACGAGAGCAAGAGUCUCAUUUUCAAGAUUUGCGAGAACGGAGUCGACGCUAAAUUCAUCAAGUUCGAGGUGGAGGCCAUCGUCGAUCGCGUCAACAACUUGCACGCGAAACUCAACUUCCGUAGCGACGAGCUGCGCUGCGCAGCCUCCACCAUCAACCUGUUCUCCGAGAAUCUCUGCAGUCAGCGUCAGCAGCUGAACAAACUGGAGAAAGAGUUCCUGAACAUGUCGGCGCCGGCUCGCGAGAUCAACGCCGUCAACGAUCAGCUGGACCAAACUGAAAGACUGAUGAAGAAGAUCGCUGAACUCUCGCAGGGCAUCAACGAUCUUUACUCGCACUCGGAGAGCCUGAUCGAUCAGGGCUUCGCCAUCGACGCGACCUCCGUGCGCGAUCAGGUGCAAACGCUCGAAAGUCAGCUCGACAAGCUCGAGGAAUCGGGCAAAGCUCGCUUGGACGAACUAGGCGACGCCCUCGACAAGAUCAAGCAGUUCACGACUCUGCACGCGAGCAACGAGAAGAAGAUCAAGGAGAUCAGCAAGGAGAUGGACCACAUCGAGCCGAUCGCGCCCGAGAUCGAGAGAAUAAGACUGCAACAGGCGGACUUCCACGACUUCAAGAUGGCGCACGUCGAGCCGCUCAAUCAAGUGAUCGGCGAGUGCAACUUGCUCGGACAGAAACUGAUCGAGACCGCCGGCCGAGACGUCAGCACCUCGAAGAUCGAGAAGAGCCUGGACACGAUGAACGACAACUGGAACAGCCUGAAGAAGAAGUUGAACGAGCGUGACAGAAAACUCGACAGUGGAUUAUUGAAUUCCGGUAAAUUCCAGGAGGCUUUGAACAGUUUGGAAAAGUGGCUGAUCGACACCGAGGAGAUGGUGAUGAACCAGAAACCCAUAUCGUCGGAUUACAAGGUGAUCAAGGCCCAACUGCAAGAGCAGAAAUUCUUGACCAAGAUGCUGCUAGACCAUCAGCAGUCGAUGGCGUCGAUCAAGGACAUGGGCGAGGAGAUGGCUCUGAACGCGGACCUGAACGACCGGCACAACAUCAACUCGCGUCUCCAGAACCUCAUGGGACGCUUCGAGAAUCUGAACGAGACCUCGGACAAUCGCAUGAGCCAACUAGAGCGCGCGUUGAGUGUGGCCGCGCAGUACCGCGAGAAGUUCGAGCCGCUGGCCAAGUGGCUCGAGCGCUGCGAGGGACAAAUCAACGACAUGGAGCUCAUACCCACGGACGAGAUCAUGAUCGAGAAGAAGAUCGAGGAGCACGACGCGGUCCAUCGGGACCUGCUCGAGCACAAGUCUUGCUUCAGCGACCUCACGGACGUAGCCAGCACCCUCAUGUCCCUGAUCGGCGAGGAGGAGGCCGCCACCCUGGCCGACUCGCUGCAGUCGCUCGCCGAGGGCUACACGAAUCUCGUCGAGCGCUCCGAGUCGCUCAAGCAGAUGCUCGACCGCUGCAAGACGGGCCUGCGAUUGCUCGUUCUCAGCUACCAAGAGCUGCGCGACUGGAUGGACGGCAUCGAGAAGCAGCUCAAUCAGCACAAUCUCGUCAGCCAACCGGACAAGUUGCGAGUACAGCUCGAGGAGCUGAACGCCGUUACGGAGGACCUCACGAAACGUCAGAACGAGCUCGACAAGACGUACGAGGCGGGCAUCGAGCUUACCAGACACAUCAAUCUCGACGAGGCGAUGCAGCUGCGCGACAAGAUGGACGCGCUGCGACGCCGCCACACCGAGCUCAAGAAGCACUCCGCCGAGCUGCUGAAUCGCGUCAAGCAGACCCUGCCGAUGGCCAGCCAGUUCGACGACAAGCACAACAAAUUCAUCGAGUGGAUACAGGCCGCGGAGACGCGAGCCACCCAGCCAGACUGCCAGCUGCACGAGUUCGUGCGCAUGGACAGCGACAUCGCCGAGCAGCGCGGUGUCUUGGCCAAACUGACCGGCCUCAUCGGCAAUCUGCGCCAGGUCGCCGGCUCCGAGAUCGCCGGCCAGCUGGAGAUACUGCUGUCGCGCGAUCAGCGCCGCCUCGAGAUCUUCGCCGAGCAGAUCACUCGUCGCAUGGAGUCCAUGCAGCAGCUCGAGCAGCAACAGCUCGAGCUCGCCGCCGAUCUGUACGAGCUGCUCGAGUGGUUCCGCGAGGCCGAGAGCCAGCUCGAGGUCGCCGAGCCGCCCAGCACCGAGCCCGAGGUGGUGCGCGUCCAGCUCAAGGAGCAUCGGGCCCUCAACGAGAACGUCAACAGCCAGCGCAAUCUGCUGCGCGACUUCAACGCGCGCGCCAAGAAGAUACAGCGCGAGCAGAAGCUGCACAAGGAGGAGUCCGGCGUCGUGGAUCUGCGCGAGCGCCUGGAGGAGCUGCGCGAGGUCGCCGACAAUGUGUCUAGUCUUUCGAACGCCCGACUGUCCGCCCUGGAGCAGGCACUACCACUGGCCGAGCACUUCCGCGACAGUCAGAGUGGCCUGGCCGCCUGGCUCACUGAGACCGAACAACAGGUCGCCGUGCUGCCCAGCCCGACCCUCAAGACCGAUUCCAUAGCUCUGCAACAGGACCGCAACGAACUGUUGCUCCAAAGCAUAGCCGAACACCGUCCACUCAUCGACAAAAUGGAGAAGACCUGCGAGGCGCUGAUGGCCCUCUGCGCCCCAGACGACGCUGCCCGACUUCAAGAGACGGCCAUGAGCCUCAGCGAACGUUACGCCGCGCUGCGCGACGAGCUGAGAAAUCGCCAGCUCAAGCUCGAGCAGGCUCUGCAGGAGUCCGCGGUGUUCGCCGACAAACUCGAGGGCAUGUUGCGCGCACUCAGCAACGCCGCCGAUCAGAUCAGAUCGGCCGAGCCACUGUCCGCCCAUCCACCGCGGCUGCGCGACCAGAUCGAGGAGAACAUGGCCCUGUCGGCGGAACUCGCUGGCCGCUCGGACGCCUUCGAGGCCGUACAGCGCGCCGCCACCGAGCUAUUGGACAAGGCGCGUCGCUGCUCGGGCUCAGAUCCAUCGCUACGCGACAUCCAGAACAAGGUCGAACAGGUCAACAAGCUCUGGGACGGUCUACAGAACACCACCCUCGAGCGCGCCAAGAAUUUGCAGGCGGCCCUCGAGAUCGCGGAGGACUUCUGGUCCGGCCUGAACAACGUGCUGCGACUGCUCACCGAUAUACAAGACGCACUGGCAGCCCAGAUAGCACCGGCCGCCCAACCGGGUGCCAUCGAAGAACAACAGGUGGCUUUGAACGAGAUUCGCCAGGAGAUCGACCAGACCGCGCCCGGAGUCGAACAGGUCCGACAGUCCGGUCGAGAAUUGAUGAACUUAUGCGGCGAGCCUGACAAGCCCGAGGUACGAAAGCAAAUCGAGGAUCUCGACCAGGCCUGGGACAACAUCACGGCCCUGUACGCCCGACGCGAGGAGAACCUCAUCGACGCCAUGGAGAAAGCCAUGGAGUUCCACGAGACACUGGGCGAUCUGCGCGCCUUCCUCGACAGCGCCGAGAAGAAGUUCGCCUCGUUCAGCACGCUGGGCAGCGACACCGAGGCCAUCAAGAAUCAGAUCAAGGAACUGCUGGCCUUCAAGGCCGAAACCGAUCCGUACAUGAUCAAGAUCGAGGCGCUCAACAGACAAGCGGCCGAGUUGAGCGAGAAAACGUCGUCGGAGCAGGCUCAAAGCAUCAAGGAGCCACUGGGAGCCGUGAAUCGCCGAUGGGAGGCCCUGCUUAAGGGCGUGGUCGAUCGCCAGCAGCUGCUGGAGAAGGCCCUGCUGCGCCUCGGUCAGUUCCAGCACGCGCUGGACGAGCUGCUCCACUGGAUCGACGACACGUCGCGCAAACUGGGCGAACUCAGGCCCGUGGGCGGCGACUCGCAGAUGAUCGAGGUCGAGCUGGCCAAGCUCAAGGUGCUGAACAACGACAUACACGCCCAUCAGAACAGCGUCGACACGCUCAACGACGCGGGUCGCCAGAUCAUCGAGGACGACAAGAACUCCGCGGAGGCAUCGAGCACCGCCGACAAGCUCACCGCCCUCAACACCCGCUGGAACGAGCUCGUCAAGAGCGCCCACGACAAACAGCGCGAAUUCGAAGACGGCCUACUCGAGGCACAAUCGUUCAGCGCCGAGAUCCAAGACUUCCUCUCCUGGCUCGCGGACAUCGACAGCGCCAUCGUGUCGUCGAAGCCCGCGGGUGGCCUGCCCGAGACCGCCACCGAGCAGUUGGAGCGCUUCAUGGUGCUUUACAACGAGCUCGAGGACAACAGGCCCAAGUACGAGUCGAUCAUGCAGCGCGGCAAGGAGUACUUGAAGUACAACGAGAAGACCAUGCCUCAUCUCAAUCAGAAUCUGCGCACUCUCAAGCAGCGCUGGACCGCUAUAACUGGUCGUGCCAGCGACAAAAAGAUCAAGCUCGAGAUCGCCUUGAAGGAAGCCAAAGACUUUAACGACGCGCUGCAGAACUUCGUCGAUUGGCUCACCGAUGCCGAGAGCUUCCUCAACAAUCUCAAGCCCGUUUCGCGCAUCAUGCGAAAUAUCCUCGACCAGAUCGAGGAUCACAAAAAGUUCCAGAAAGACGUGGGCGUGCAUCGCGAGACCAUGCUCAAUCUCGACAAGAAGGGCACGCACCUCAAGUACUUCUCGCAGAAGCAGGACGUCAUCCUCAUUAAGAAUCUGCUGAUUAGCGUGCAACACAGAUGGGAGAAGGUCGUGUCGAAAUCGGCCGAACGCACGCGCGCCCUCGAUUACGGCUACAAGGAGGCGAAGGAGUUCGACGACGCCUGGAACAAUCUCAUGGGCUGGCUGAACGAGACCGACGCGAAACUCGAGCAUCUGCGCUCCGACGGACUGGGCGGCAACGAUCCCGACAAGAUCAAGGCCCGCCUGCAGAAGCAGCGCGAGGUCCAGAAGGAGCUGCAUCAGAAGCAGACGCACUACGACGCCACCAUGAAGUGCGGCAAGGUACUGAAAGAGCGAGCCGCCAGAACCGACGAGGCACAUCUUCGCGACAUGAUGAACGAGCUGAAAUCCACCUGGCUGUCUGUGUACAACAAGAGCAUCGACUUCCAACGACAACUGGAAGAAUCGCUUUUGCAUUCGGGACAAUUCAAGGAGGCGACACAGGCCCUGAUCGACUGGCUGACGAGGACCGAGAAACAGCUGUCGGCCAACGUUCUGGUUCACGGUGACCUCGAGACCGUCAACGUGCUGCUCGAGCAGUUCGCCAACUUCGAGAGCGACCUCAAAUCCCGCGCCCAGCAAAUGGACGCCGUGGUGAAAAUCGGUACCGAGCUGCAGUCAAAGGCCUCGCCUGACGACGCCUACACCAUUCGCCACCAACUCGAGGAUCUGCGCUCGCUCUGGGAUCGUGUGUCUGACCUGUCGGAUCGCCGAUCGGCUCUGUUGGAGGAGGCGCUCAAUGACGCCGAGCAGCUGCACAACUCCAUGCAGACGCUGAUGGACUGGAUGAGCGGAGCCGAACGUCGACUCAACACCUUCCACAAUUUCCCGGAAGACGAGGCGGAAUGCGAGGCGCUACUCGACGAUCAGAACCACUUCAUCGAGGAGCUGCAGGACAAGGAGAAGGACAAGCAGGAGGUCGUGCGAUUUGCGAACGUUCUGCUCAACAAGGCCAAUCACGAUGGUGCGAUCGGGCUCAAGCACUGGAUAUCGGUCAUUCAGGCACGCUGGGACGACAUAUCCGCUCUGUCGUACGAACGAAGACAGAAACUUGAAAAUCUUCUGAAAACGCUUCAGGAUCUCGAUAAGUCACUGGAAGAGCUGCUGACGUGGCUCAGAGAUUUGGAAAAUAACUUGAAGACUGUAAACAGUCAAGAAUUGCCGGAGGACAGAGAAGUGCUUGAGGAGAUGAUCACCGAACAUCGCGCAUUUAUGGAAAGAACCGCCAAGAGACAAGACGAAGUCGAUCGCAUAUGCAAAUCCAAAAUCAUUCGGCCUACCAUCAAGAAUGUCAAGAAGAACAUCAAGGCUAAGCCUGUCAUUCAGUCGCGUAAUUAUGGCCGCUCAAACAACGAGGCCCAGUUACCUCAUAUUGGACCAAGUUUCCCAUCGAAAGAAAGCAGGGAAGCUGAUCCCGAAUUCAGACAUCCCAAAGUUCGUCUUCUUUGGGAUCUUUGGCGCAACGUGUGGUUCCUAGCCUGGGAACAUCAGCGACGAUUGUACGACCAACUCCAGUAUGUCAUUGAAAAGGACCGUGUGGCCAACUUCAGCUGGGAAGAUUGGCGCAAGAAGUUUUUGAAAUUCAUGAACCACAAGAAAUCAAGAUUGACUGAUCUGUUGAGAAAAAUGGAUCAAAAUAACGAUGGACUUAUUCCAAGAAAUGAUUUUAUCCAAGGAAUUCUUAAUAUCAAAUUUGACACUUCGCGGCUUGAAAUGGGAGCCGUAUCCGAUUUGUUCGAUCGUAACGGUGAAGGCCUCAUCGAUUGGAAAGAAUUCAUUGCUGCGCUGAGACCCGACUGGGAAGAGCGUCGUACCGCACAUGACGGUGAUAAAAUCCAUGACGAAGUUAAGCGAUUAAUCAUGCUGUGUACUUGCCGGCAGAAAUUCCGUGUUUUCCAAGUUGGUGAGGGAAAAUACAGAUUUGGAGAUAGUCAAAAACUUCGUCUUGUCAGGAUUUUAAGAUCCACCGUUAUGGUGCGAGUCGGUGGUGGUUGGGUAGCUCUUGAUGAAUUUUUACUGAAAAAUGAUCCUUGCAGAAUCAAAGGAAGGACCAACAUUGAAUUGCGCGAGCAAUUUAUCUUGGCAGAUGGUGUAAGCCAAUCUAUGACAGCAUUUAAAUCGAAAGUAUCUCCUUCUAUGAACAGAAAUAAUUUGUCAUCAACUGGCCCAAUCACUAAAGUAAGAGAGAGAAGUUACCGAAGCUUACCAAUGGGACAGUCUCAGUCGAUACGUGCAUCGCUUGGUGCGAGUACACCCGAAAAUUUGAGCGACUUGGAUUCUUUGAAGAAUUUGAAAAAGACCAGCUCGUCGCAAAAGAGCCUCUUUUCCUCAGGAAGUAGUCGUCCGUCCAGUAGAUCAGCAAGCCGACCUGCCAGUCGAACCAGUAGUAGACCACCUUCCCAACAAGGUAGUAGACCACCUAGUCGAUAUGGAUCAACUCAGUCACUUAAUAGUACAGACGAGACCAGCAUUCCAAGCAGAAUACCAAGAAAAAUCAUUAAUACCGGCGAUACCCCGACCAGCAGUCGAAGAAGUAGUACAUCGGGAAGAAGAGGAGACUCGUUAAUUCCUGGACUUUCAACCCCUAGAUCGAAUUCAUCAAAUCCCUUGGAUAUCAGUGGAGUAGAAUCUAUGAGAUUGAAAAUGACCCCGGAAAAAACAUAUCCUCAAUUAUCCGAUACCUCGUAUGAAAAUGUAUUUGAUUCAUCGCUUGAGCAGAGUCCUAGAUCGACAAGUGGAAAUAAAAAAUCUACAAUUGGAGUAGACAAGUCAUUCAGAUUAUGAAAAUUUAAUAUCUUUUGUACAUACAAGAUGAUUUAUAUUGAUGAUAAAGAGUUUUUGAUUUUAGAGCCAUAUACAGUAGAAAUAAAAUAUCACUAAAAGUAUUUGAAAAAUAAAUAUUUUCUUGUAACGUUGUAUUUAUUAAAAUUGCGAAUGAGAAAGCAUUGAAGUCAAUGUGAAAAAUAAUUAUUGUAAUAAAUUUAACUUUUAUUUAA